AUGGCCAAAGUGGCUGGCUUGUCUUCCAAGAGGAGCCGGUGGCUCUUGGAAUCCUUGCGCGACCAGCAGCGGCACUCCCUGGGCACUGGGUUUGAGAGUGCCAAUAUCCUCCUCUCUCCCAAGUACCACCUCAAAGACAAGGAUCUGAGAAAGAUCCACAAGGCUGCGCGUGUCGGGGAUGCAGCCAGAGUGCAGCAGCUCCUGCUUGGGAAAUGCGGUGUGAACGACAGAGACAGGAAGAAGAGGACUGCCCUCCACAUCGCCUGUGCUUGUGGCCACCCAAAGGUGGUGACGGCCCUGAUAGAAGGAAAUUGUGACAUCAAUGCCACAGACAGUGAGGAGUGCACAAGUCUGGUGAAGGCUAUACAAUGUCAGGAAGAGGAAUGUGCUACCAUUCUGCUGGAGAAUGGUGCUGACCCAAACAUUGUGGAUGCCCAGGGCAACAGCGCUCUCCACUAUGCUGUCUAUUAUAAGAACACAUCACUGGCUGCAAAACUGCUCGACCGUGAAGUGAAUGUCGAAGCAACAAAUAAGGGUGGCUUCACACCAUUUUUACUGGCUGUCAGUGAAAACAAACUGAAGAUAGCAAAAUUCUUAUUAAUGAAGAAUGCUAAUAUACAUGCAGUUGACAACCAAAAAAGAACAGCCCUCAUGCAUGCUGUAAGUCAUGACUCAACAAACCUAGUCAGAUUUGUUCUUCAGCAAGGUGUAGACCUCUUUUUGAAAGAUGACUUUGGAUUGACUGCAAUCGAUUAUGCUGCUGAUUUUAAAUAUAAUACCAAUAUGAAAAUCCUUCUCGAAUAUAAAGAAAAGAGAUAUGAGGAGUCUGCAAGAGUCAACCUAGUGGAGAAAAGCUCUGAGGAUGACUCUUCCGGAAGGAUGGACCAACAGAGUCAGGAACUAGAAAACAUGGAGAAGGAAGGAUUGACGGAGCCAGGAACUGGAACAGAAGAACAAGAGCCAUGUGGAGCAGUGACGUCAGCAGAGGAACCAAGGAGGCUUGCCGGCAGAGGAGACAACCAGCCUCAGGAAGCUGCAACCGUGCCAAGGACUAGAGAAGAAGAGCACGACGUAACAUGCACAGUGGCGACAGGAAAAGAGGAUGACAACGAAUCAUCUUGGGAUUCUGAGAGUGUCUCUGAGAAUCUUCCACUUAUUCGCAUUGGUGUUGAUGGACUAUUACAAGUAAAUGGGCAAGCAGUAGAAAACCCAGAGAAAUAUCUUCAUUGGCUGCCUAACAGAAAAAGGGAAGAAUCUGCCCCUAAUCAAACAAAAGGAGUCAGGGAUUCUCAGGCAUUCGCACCAGCAGAACCAGGUUUAGAAUUGACUUCAGAGGAAAAACACAAAGAGCUCUCCAGAAAUGAAGACAGCCAGCAUCAGGUUGAAGAAGGAAGGAAGCGGGAUUGGAGAGAAGGGGUCGUUCCGGAGAACCUGCGUACAGCUGCUCUUGACCAUGGUGAUCGCGGGUCACCUCUGACAAGGAGGAACCAGAAGCCCAGGGCCCAGCAGUCUCCUGGUGUGGACAGCAAAAAGCAGGAUGGUGGUUCUGGCUUGAAUAUAAAAGAAGAAAAGAAAAGAGGACAUGAAGAAUGGUCUGGAGACUUUGUAAAUGACCUGACCUCUGAGGAGUCUGAGUCAUUGGCUGGUGAUUUCCUGCCAGUGAAGGAUUCUUGGAGUUUAAAUGAUGCAUAUCUGAAUAAGGGAAGGCCUACAAAGAAAAAAUCAAAGGAAAAGCACAAGAUCAGGGAAGAAAUGAAUGCUAUGGAAGAUGCUGAGGACCAAACUCAGCCCUCUGAGUCAUGCUCAGAAAUCCAGACAGACCCAUAUUCUAACAUACAGCAAACAAAAACUGAAAAUGAGCCCUGUGAGCUACUUACAAGACAAAUUGGAAACAUGGAAGGCAUCAUAGCAGAAGCAAAGGUGCUGAAAAGGGAACCAGUGAGAUCAAGAGUUGCAUUAAAAGAAAAAGAGGAGACGGGAGAAGGUGAAAGGGUGAAGAUACAGUUACCAGAAAAAGAUGAGCUUUAUCCUGAAGCCGCUGAAAGGCAACGCUAUGACAUGGCUCUGAGGAUCCUGCGGCUGAAAGUAAAACAGACUUUGAAGCAGUUUCAAGAGGCACAGGAUCUACAAAGAGAAGUUGUUCAGAGUUCGCAGAGGAUGCAGGACCACUUGCAGAAGCUUCAGGCUGGAUGUUCUGAGGCAGAGGUUAUGGUACAAGAGCAAGGAGAGAAAACUGCAGAGCUUCAGAAGCUGCACGCGGGCUUGACUAGGGUCAAAAAGGAGCAGCUAAAGAAACUCAACAAACUCACACUCUCUCUGAAAUGUUCUCUGGAUCAAACGAAGAACAAAAAUGAAGAGUUAGAGAGAGAGCUCACUGAAAUAAAGAAACACUUAGGAGUAAUGAGAAAGAAAUUGAAUGACCAUGAAAAUGGAGAAUUUAGUUGCCAUGGAGAUUUAAAAACUAAAGAACUUGAAGUGAAUGUUUCAGUGGAUAUGUUAAAAAAUGAGAUCCAUGAAUUGAAAGAAAAAUGGGGAACUAUAACCUCCAAAUAUCUACCUCUGGAUAUACAAUUUAAAUACAUUGAGCAGGAGUUGUUAUCAAUAAAAAUAGCACAAAAGCAAUACGAAAAGCUGCAUGAGGAUCAGAAGAGUCUGCAAAGGGAUGCAUUAGACCUGCAGCAGCAGCUGCGAGAGAACAUGGCAAAACUAGAAGACAAAAAGCAUACACUGGCAUUAAGAGACAGUAAUAAUGACUCGGUAAUGAGUCAAAUGGAACUCAGGAUUAAAAACCUUGAGUCUGAGCUUGAGAAACUGGAGGCCGAGAAAGAGUCUAAUGCGAGAAAGGUAGAAAAAUACCAGCAGCGCUGUGCCAGAGAGCGGAAGCUCAGCAAGAUGCUGUCACACAAGCUCACCAAAACUAAUAGCAAACUAAGCAAAGUCAGAACAGACAUUUUGCUGGUGACAGAAUGGAACAGAACUGUACAGAACACUCUUACUACAAGGCCUGUCCCCAAAAAUCCUGGUGUCACUGAGCACGGUACUUAUAUAAAUCGCAACCCUAACUUCAUUGCAAGCAGAAAGCCAGAGCCUGCCAUACCCAGCCCUCAGCCUUCUCCUGAGCUUAUGCGGAAGAGUCUCCUCAAGAAGCAGCAAAAAUUGAUAAAAGUCAUAAAUGAAGAGGUAGAUAAAGCUGCAGCUGAACUUGAGCCUUGGCCCUUGGAAGCUUAUCCUUCAGGGUCUAAGUAA